ACCACCGAGUCUGCCCCCGGCUGAGAGAGGGCCGAGUGAAACCGUUAAGAUUGAGCUGCUGGAUGACAUUCAGAAGCUGAGGCUGGAGACGGAUCACUUCAAACCUGAAAUCCACAGCUCUGAGCAGAAUAAAAAUGUUGUGAGGAACAGAAGAUUCUUACGAGGAAAAAAGAAAUUCAACAUGGACCCCAAAACUGGUUUCAAUUACCUGGUUGAAAAUGACCUGCUGGAGUGGCGAGCAGUGUCUGUGGCUGAGUUUCUGUACAAAGAGGAGGGACUGAGCAAGACGGCUAUUGGAAACGUUCUGGGGGAGAGGGAGGAGAUGCAUCUGGAGAUCCUGAAAGCCUACGUGGAGUUGCAUGAAUUCUCAGACCUGAAUCUGGUGCAGGCGCUUAGGCAGUUUCUGUGGAGCUUUCGUCUCCCGGGAGAAGCUCAGAAGAUUGACAGGAUGAUGGAGGCAUUUGCAACUCGAUACUGUGACUGUAACCCAGGGGUGUUUCAGUCCACAGACACCUGCUACAUCCUGUCCUUCGCCAUCAUCAUGCUCAACACGAGUCUCCAUAACCCCAACGUGAAAGACAAACCCAGUCUGCAGCGAUUUGUUUCUAUGAACAAAGGCAUCAACAACGGGGAGGAUCUGCCCACUGAGCUGCUCGCGAAACUGUACACAAGCAUCCGCAGCGAGCCGUUUAAAAUCCCAGAGGAUGAUGGGAACGACCUGACGCUGACGUUUUUCAAUCCAGAGAGAGAGGGCUGGCUUGUUAAAAUGGGUGGGCGUGUUAAAACGUGGAGGAGGAGGUGGUUUAUUUUGACAGACAGCUGCCUCUACUACUUUAAAUACACCACAGAUAAAGAUCCGAUUGGGAUUAUUCCUCUGGAGAACCUGAGCAUCAGGAAGUCACAGGACACAAGUAGACCGUUUUGUCUGGAGUUAUACAAUCCCAAAGGACAAAAGAUCAAGGCCUGCAAGACGGAGAACAAAGGCAGAGUGGUGCAGGGUAAACACCAGUCCUAUAAGCUGAGCGCCACUAGUGCAGAGGAACGGGACAACUGGUUGGACGCCAUCAGGGCGAGUGUCACCAAGGACCCUUUUUAUGACCUGGUGUCUCUACGUAAGAGGAAGCUCAUCAGCAACACGUCCUCUUAGGCCCGAAAACUGACCUCAGUGGAAACGAGGAGUUCAUGGACACGUUUUUAUAAAUGAAACAUUCUGGGCUUUAAGGACACAGAUUGUUCAGAAAAAACUAAAACUGAAUUACACAGCUUUUCACACAAUUGUACAAAGCGGGAAGUGACACCAGUGAACUAUUUGUAGUUCACAGUGUGAAGCCUCCACUUACUUCUGCAAACUGCUUCCACUACUGCUUCAACCUCAGGGGUUGACGCAGAGCCCAACUAGGGGGCCACCAGGGUCAGAAAGUGACUGUAGAGGUCGGUGUGUUAGUAUCACGGAUUGAUUACUGAACCGUGUGCAGGACCAGAGGCCCAGAGGCCCUCCAACCAAGCCUCUGCAUGAAGUGACUGUUAAUAUUUCUUACUGGAGAGUUGAAUGACCACAAGGAGCCGGACAACCAGUAAACAAGAGCACAAAACAUCUCCAAGGUGAUGCAAACAAACAAACAGACACAAAGCUACAACCAACCAUAAAUAAACUAUACACGAGACAAAAAGACACAAACUAGAUGUGAAAUGACCAAAAAGGGGACACAAAAUGAUGCAACAUGAUCACUAGACACUAAACAGCCACAAAAACACAUAAAAUAGAUACAAGAUACACAAAGGGAUGUAAAAUGACCAAAAGGUAAAUAUAUUAUUGAAACAAAAUUACCAAAAGACAAAAACUUACUUCGA